AUGGCUUCAUCUGAUUUUGAUACACAGAGAGGACGGAAGGGUUUUAUCAGUGAAAAGGAUAUUGCUUUGGUUUUAACAAGGUACAGUGCACCAACAAUACUAGCUCUACUUAAGGAAAUUGCUCAGUAUCCUGAUGUGAAAAUAGAUUGGAAUGUGUUGGUCAACAAGACGACGUCCGGAAUUACCAAUGCCGCCAAAUAUCAGAAGCUAAGGAGACAUUUGGCCUAUUGCGAUAAACUGCCAGAAAUAAUAGAAGAGAAAAUUGAGGAGCAGCCAUUGGAAGAAGAUGAUAGUGAUUUGGAGUAUGAGUUGGAAGCUCUUUGUCCUGUUAAUGAUGAAGCAUCAUUAGAGGCUGCAGGAGGAGGUUCUGCGACUGUAGAAGCUCCAUUGACUAUAAAUAUACCUACUUGGCAGGAUUAUAAAAUGACAACAACUGUAUUGAGAACAGCUGAAGAAGGAUUGGAUGCAACUGCGUCAAAUGCUGGUGGUCAGCCUGAAAAAGGAAAAAGGAUGCACUGGACGGCAGAGGAUGAUAAUGAACUCAUUGCUGUUGUGAAGAAAUUUGGUAAAAGAAAUUGGGCUGACAUUCUUAAGAGAUGGGGAAUCCUAAGGAAGGGACUAAAAUUGGAAACAGGUGGAGGGGAUCUCAUUGCGCGACAGCGUGCUACCAACCGAUCAGUUUCUUCUGCUCUUAAUAUGCCCAUAAUUAAUAGCUUAUUGGCAGCAUAUGCAGCCUCCGUGGUCCCGAAUCCGAUGGUACAAGAAGCUAUUGUUGCUGCUGGAGCCCGUAUAGCCACUCCUUUGACUGCCAAAUCGCUGCGUAGAGCUGCACGAUCAAAGAAAUCAUCAAUGCCAGGUGUACAUUAUAUUUGCACAGACUUGUCAUCAGCAUCCCCAACCACAUACUCUACUUCGGCACCAAGUGUCUCUCCGCCACCACCAACACCUGCAGUGAAAAGUUAG